AUGAACAACGCCUACAUUGCCUGUGCAAGCACAGGUAAAGCCGCUGUACCUCUUGGUGGCACUACAGUUCAUUCAGCGUUUCGUCUCACAACUUCUCGCGUGACGAAACUCUUAUCCACAGAAAAUUUGCAAGCUUACAGAAACAUGUUCGUAGGCGUCAAAGCUGUUUUCAUCGACGAGAUCAGUAUGUUAAGUUCAGCUAUUCUUCAACAAAUUAACUACCGAUUGCAGCAGAUUACUGGCAUAUACGACAAACCUUUCGGAGACAUUCAUGUUACAUUAUGUGGAGAUUUCAGACAGCUUCCACCUGUACGAGCAACUUCAUGUUAUAUUAUGCCGAUCAACCAAUUAGGAGGUCUGAUUCUUUGGCUCAUCAUUGAUUACUUCCCACUGGUUCGUGUUGUGCGACAAACCGAUGAGCGGUUUUCAACGAUUCUAACAACAAAAAUCGGCGAUGGACUUCAACUAAGCAACGAUAAUAUCUCCCUUAUUGAGUCCAGACAUAAAACUCAGGCUUGGUGCAAGGAAAACGUGCCUGAUGCUGUCAGGCUGUAUUAUAGUAACAAUGAAGUGGAUUCGUACAACCGAAGCGCAAUUCUAAAUGCAUACAACUGUCUCGCACAUGAUAUUAUGCUUGGUUAUUCAAGUGAACAAUAG